AUGCUGCCUUACCUGUUCCCUGACCUGUCCGCCUUUGCUACAGUCGCCGAUCUUAUCACCCACCUUCGCACUAGUGAUGCUCGCCUGCGUGCCGCCCUUCCCACCGAGUUCUGCGCUAAGAACCCCCCUCCCCUGUACUGGGCACUCCACUUCAUCGUUGCCCGUCUCCCUGACACCCUCGGCUCAGUGCGCGACUAUUUCCUUGCUCGCUGUCCCACUGAGCUCACUGUCCCCCUCCUAGAGGAGAAGCUGCUAGCAGCCGAGAAGAGCAUUGUAGCUGUAGGUGCUGCUCGCGGCGCUCCUCGCACCCCCAUCUUUGAGGGAUGCUCUCCCUCUCCCCUCGCUCCCUCCUAUGCUACUGCUGCUGCUGUUGACUUCCUUGGUGCUGAGACUGCUGGCGCUGCUUCUGCUCCUGGUGGGAGGCGCCGCACCGGCAAGGGCAAGGGGGGCAAGGGUGGCGGGGGUGGCGCUGGGGGGGGAGGGGGUGGGGGAGGUGGGGGGGGAGGCGGUGCUGGAGGGAGCGGUGGCGGGAGUGCCGGUGGGAGUGGGGCCGGCGGCGGAGGCGGGGGCGGCGGCGGGAGCAGUGGCGGUGGUGGCAGCGGCGGCAGUGGCGGCGGUGGCGGUAGUGGCGGUGGCGGUGGCGGUGGCGGUGGCGGUGGUGGCGGUCGGAGCGGAGGUAGUGGCGGCGGUGGAGGUCGGAGUGGAGGCACAGGCUCGGGCCAGAGCUCCCAGCAGCAGCAGCGUCCCCAGUCGACCCAGCAGCUUCGUGAGUGGCUUGCUCAGCGUGGGACGUCGGGGGGCAGUGGCCGCUGUUCCUAUGUCAUUCGCACAGGUGAUCGCAAGGGACAGACGUGUGGGAGGUUUCACACCCCGUACCGCUGCUUCUUCCGCCUUGACGACGCUUGGCGUGAGGAGAUGGGCGAGGAUGUUGAGCGCCCUCGCUGGGCUGAGCUGAUGAGGGCUGGUGUUGAUAUCUUUGCUCUUGACUAUGAUGCUAUUAUUGCUGCCAUCACUGUCCCUGCUGCUUGCGAGUCUGCUCUCUCAGGUACAGCACCCACAGAGACUGCUCUCUCAGGUACUGCACCGACUGAGCCCUGUCACACCUUCACCCUUGACUCAGGUGCUUCCCGCUGCUUCUUUCGAGACAGUACUGAGCUCACACCGCUUUCUGCACCGGUCCCAGUCUCCUUGGCUGACCCCUCUGGGGGCCCGGUCCUUGCCCGGUCCACCACUGUGCUCCCUUGUCCGGCGGUUCCGUCUGGCUCGUUGACGGGUUUCCACCUCCCCUCGUUCUCGACGAACCUGGUGAGCAACGCUGUCAUCCAGGAUCAGUGGGUUGACACCUUCACCCCUGGAGGACAGCGUGUGGCGAUCUGCACGUGCUCCAGGACCGGCCGUCACCUGGCUACGUUUACUCGUCGGCCGGGGUCGAGUCUCUACACACUGACCACUGCGUCUCCUCAGGUCGCUGCUGUCGGUCAGGUGUCCGCGUCAGGUCUGGUAGCCCACGCCUGUGAGUGUCGUUCCUUGUCGCACCAGACUCUUCUCUGGCACCACCGCCUGGGUCACCCCUCCUUGCCACGCCUCCGUGGCAUGCACCGUCGCCACCUUGUGUCUGGUCUUCCCAGGUCCCUCCCUACCAUCCCUGCCUCGCCUGCGCCGCCUUGCCUUCCUUGCGUCGAGGGGCGGCAGCGCGCCGCUCCUCACUCCUCCUCGUUCCCCCCGACAGAGGCUCCUCUGCAGACCCUCCACCUGGACGUGUGGGGCCCAGCCCGCGUUCGUGGCCAGGGCGGUGAGCGGUACUUUUUGCUGGUUGUCGACGACUACUCGCGUUACACCACGGUCUUCCCCUUGCGCACCAAGGGUGAGGUCCCUGCUGUUCUGAUCCCUUGGAUCCGCACAGUUCGUCUCCAGCUCCGCCGCCGUUUUCGGACGGAUCUUCCUGUCCUGCGUCUGCACUCUGACAGAGGUGGUGAGUUUUCCUCCGACCUCUUGAGGACCUUCUGUCAGGCGGAGGGCAUCGAGCAGACCUUCACGCUUCCGGACUCCCCACAGCAGAAUGGGGUUGCUGAGCGCCGCAUUGGCCUGGUCAUGGAGGUCGCUCGUACCUCCUUGGUCCACGCGGCGGCUCCCCAUUUUCUGUGGCCGUUUGCUGUCCGGUACGCCGCGCAUCAGCUCAACCUCUGGCCCCGUGUCUCCUUGCCGGAGACCUCGCCCACACUGCGUUGGACGGGGGAGGUUGGCGAUGCGUCGCGCUUCCGGGUGUGGGGUGCUCGUGCCCUUGUCCGCGAUACGUCCGCGGACAAGCUCUCCUCCCGCACGCUUCCCUGUGUCUUCCUUGGCUUUGUCCCUGACGCGCCGGGCUGGCAGUUUUACCACCCCACCUCGCGCCGGGUCUUCGCCUCUCAGGACGUCACCUUUGACGAGUCGGUCCCUUUUUACCGUCUCUUCCCCUACCGCACUGCCCCCCUCCCUCCCCCGCCGCUGUUCCUUGCUCCUGGUCCCCCUCCGGUAGACCCCCUUCCCCCUCAGGGUCCUGCUCCUUCAGGUGUCUCUCAGGUAGACCCUCCUCCCGUCGCUGAGCCUGUCGAGGUCACAGGUGACUCAGGUGCUGCUGCAGGUGGUGCUGCUGGGAGUGCUGAGCCUGCGGGUGCUGGGCCUGGGGGUGCUGGGACUACGGGUGCUGGAGCUGAGGGUACUGUGCCUGAGAGUUCGGCGCCUGGGGGUGCUGAGCCUGGGGGUGCUGCGACUGGGGGUCCUGAGCCGGCGUGUGCGGAGUCUGGGGGUGCUGAGUCUGGGGGUGCUGCGCCUGCGGGUACUGAGCCUGGGGGUACUGCUACUGAGCCUACGGAGCCUCGGGUUGCUGCGUCUGGGGGUGCUCCGGUUCGGGGUGCUGAGCAGUCUCUCACACCACAGCAGCUUCGUGACUGGUACGUCCGGCGCUUUCGCCGUCCUCGUGGCUCGGCUGGAGCUGGGGGUACUGGAGCUACCGGGACUGGUUGUUCUGGGCGCACUACGACUGGAGCUGCUGGAGCUGGGGACUCUGGCGCUGGCGGUGCUAGCGGAGUUGUAGCUGCCGACCCUGGGGGUGCUGCUGCUGCUGGUGCUGCGGACCCACCUGGUGGAGCUGCUGCUGGAGCUGAGGACCCGAGCGGUGGCGCUGCUGCUGGUGCUGGGGACCCGGACGCUGGAGUCUCUUCUGCUUCUGGAGACGCUGCGCGGCCGCGGCCGUACUUCGUACCGCUCCUUCAGCAGGUUCUUGGGCAGGCUCCUCCUCCUUGUCCUCCUCCCUCCGUAGAGUGUCCUCCGCCUGUCCAGCCGCAGUCACAGUUACCGCCUGCCUCGCCUCUCCCUGCUCCCUCUCCUUACACUGGUCCCACAGGAGGUCUUACAGAGCGUCGUGAGCCUGAGUCUCGUCCUGCGUCGCCUGUUCGUCGUGCUCGCACUGGUAGUCGUGUCCGUCGUGAGCGUCCUCCUCCUGUCCCAGGCACUCACUACAUGACUCUGCGUCCCUCUACUGCUCCUCAGCGUGUCCCUCUGCCGUCUCCUCCUGCUUCCUCUUUGCCUGACGUUCCGGACCCUGAGUCUGACCGGUAUCGUGCUGAGCACCCUACUGUCACGCGUCUCCUUGCUACUGUUGUCACUGACCCUACCUUUGAGUCCUCGGCUGCGUCUGCUCUGGUCGCUGAGUUGGUUGACUUUGCUGCUGCCUGUCGUCUAGACUACGCUGCUAGCCUUGUUGCUGAGUCUGAGUCUGAGUCUGUCUGUCCUCCGUCCGUCGGGGGUGAGUGUGCUCUUGGCACGGACGUCCUUGAGGACAGGCAGGAGGACUUUGACUCUCUCGCGGCUGCUGUACCUCAUCUCGUGGCCUGGUUGCUUGCCCCUGAGGGAGACCCGGAUGCACUAGACAUCCCCACUCCGCGCACUUACGCAGAGGCGAUCUCGGGUCCCUACUCCUCUCAGUGGCAGACAGCCAUGGACGCAGAGAUGGCAUCCUGGAAGUCCACAGGCACCUACGUCGACGAGGUUCCCCCUCCUGGGGCGAACAUUGUCGAUGGCAUGUGGAUUUUCAGGGUGAAGCGGCCGCCAGGUUCUCCGCCUGUCUUCAAGGCUCGUUACGUUGCUAGAGGCUUCAGUCAGCGUCAGGGGGUCGACUUCUUCCAGACCUUCUCCCCCACCCCGAAGAUGACCACUCUUCGGGUUCUGCUGCACGUUGCUGCUCAGCGUGACUACGAGCUUCACUCUCUUGACUUCAGCACAGCGUUCCUGCAGGGCAGCCUGCACGAGGAGAUCUGGCUGCGCCGCCCACCUGGCUUUACUGGGUCGUUUCCUCCUGGUACCCAGUGGAGCCUCCGCCGGCCAGUCUACGGUCUCCGCCAGGCGCCACGCGAGUGGCACGACACACUGAGGACUACACUUGCGGCUCUUGGGUUCGCGCCGUCUACUGCUGACCCGUCGCUGUUUCUGCGCACAGACACGUCGCUGCCGCCGUUCUACAUUCUCGUGUACGUCGACGACUUGGUCUUUGCUACUGCUGACACUAAGGCACUCGCUCGUGUGAAGUCGGAGCUGCAGAAGAGACACACCUGCACUGACCUGGGUGAGCUGCGUAGCUACCUUGGCUUGCAGAUCACCCGGGACAGAGCUCGCCGCACCAUCACCCUGACUCAGUCACACAUGGUGCAGCAGGUCCUUCAGCGCUUCGGCUUCCAGUUCUCCUCACCACAGGCCACACCUCUGGCUACCAGCCACUCGCUCUCAGCUCCACCUCCGGACGAGUCCGUAGAGCCGAGUGGCCCGUACCCAGAGCUUGUGGGCUGCCUCAUGUACCUGAUGACUUGCACGCGACCUGACCUCGCGUACCCUCUUAGCAUCCUUGCUCGUUACGUUGCGCCUGGGAGACACAGGCGAGAGCACUGGGAGGCUGCUAAGAGGGUGCUGCGCUACUUGUGCAGUACAUCAGGCAUGGGGCUGGUGCUUGGAGGACACGACAGAGUUGUCCUCACUGGCCACUCGGACGCUUCUUGGGUGGACGACCUGGCUACGCAGCGGUCAUCACAGGGUUACACCUUCAGCCUUGGCUCUGGUUCUGUCUCGUGGCGGUCCACCCGUUCUUCUUCUGUUCUCAGCUCUAGUUGUGAGGCUGAGAUCUACGCCACGGCCAUGGCUGCACAGGAGUUACGCUGGCUCACCUACCUGCUGACUGACUUGGGAGAGCGGCCUAGUUCUCCUCCAGUUCUGUACGGCGACAACAAGGCGGCCCUUGCCUUGUGUCAGGAGCACAGACUGGAGCACGGGACGAAGCACAUUGCUCUUCGCUACUUCCUUGCUCGAGAGCUUCAAGCGCGGUCAGCUUCGGCUUGUGUACGUGGACUCGAAGGCCAACACUGCUGA